GUGAUGAAUGUUUCUCAGGUGACACAUUUCACUCUGAGUGCCUACUUUGAUAUCGGGGUUUUGAAAUACUUAGUUUUCCUGAUCAUCAUGUGUGUUUAUAUCGUCAUCAUAUCUUCUAAUGUCCUGCUGAUCGUGGUGAUCUGUGUGAACAGGAGCUUACAUGAACCUAUGUACAUGUUUCUGUGCAGCCUGUUCGUGAAUGAACUGUACGGCAGCACAUCGCUGUUCCCCUUCCUGCUGGUCCAGAUCCUCUCUGAUGUUCACACGGUUUCUGUUCCUCUCUGCUUCCUGCAGAUCUUCUGCAUCUAUAUGUAUGUAAAUGUGGAGUUUUACAACUUGGCCGUCAUGUCUUAUGACAGAUAUCUGGCCAUCUGUCACCCUCUGCAUUACAACACACAGAUGUCCUUUAACAUGGUUGUCAAGUUGAUUGUAUUAUCAUGGUGUCUUCCUCUAGCUGUUGUAAUGGUCAUGAUUUCACUAAAUGUCUCCUCUAAGCUGUGUGGAAACAUCAUUGACAGAGUUUUCUGCAACAAUUACUAUGUUGCAGUGUUGUCCUGCAGCAGUGCAACAGCCAGUAACCUCUAUGGACUGGUCUACACUUUCUCUGUGCUCUUCAUCCUCGCUGCGCUCAUCCUCUACACGUAUGUGAAGAUACUACAGGUGUGUUUUUCUGGAUCCAAGGAGACCCGGCAGAAAGCCAUCAGCACCUGCACACCCCACCUGGUCUCCCUGCUGAACUUCUCUUUUGGCUCUUUCUUUGCUGUUUUACAGAGCAGGUUCGACAUGAGCAGAGUUCCCAAUGUCCUUCGUAUUAUUUUGUCGUUAUACUUUGUUACAUGUCAGCCACUUCUGAACCCGCUGCUGUAUGGACUAAAACUUAGUAAAAUCCAAAUCACAUGUAAAACUCUUUUCUUUGGUCAAAAGUAA